CAUAGAUAUAUCAGCUACAUGGAAGCAGAAAACAGAACAGGCAUUUUAGAGUUCAUCCUCCUUGGUUUCUCUGAAAACCCAGAACUGAAGCCCCUCAUAUUUUGGCUCUUCCUAUCGAUGUACCUGGUCACUGUGCUUGGGAACCUGCUGAUCAUUCUGGUCAUCAUCUCUGACUCCCACCUCCACACCCCCAUGUACUUCUUCCUCUCCAACUUGUCCUUGGUGGACAUCUGUUUCAGCACCACCACAGUCCCCAGGGUGCUGCUGAGCAUCCACACAGAGAACAAAGCCAUCUCCUACAUGCACUGCCUCACCCAGGUAUAUUUCACCAUGUUCUUUCCUAUUCUGGACACUCUGCUCCUGACAGCAAUGGCAUAUGAUCGGUUUGUGGCCAUCUGUCACCCCCUGCACUACACAGUCAUCAUGAACCUGCGUCUCUGUGCCCUGCUGGUUUUUAUCACCUGGUUCAUUGGUGUCACGACCUCCCUCCUUCAUAUCUCUCUGAUGAUGCAUCUGACCCUCUGUCGGGAUCUAGAAAUUCCACAUUUCUUCUGCGAGCUGACACAGAUUCUCCGGCUGGCCUGCUCUGACACCUUCCUGAACAGCACACUGAUCUAUGUCAUGACUGGGGUGCUGGGCGUUUCCCCCUUCACUGGGAUCCUUUUCUCCUAUUCACGAAUUGCUUUAUCCAUAAGGAAGAUGACCUCAUCCGGGGGAAAGCAGAAAGCAUUUUCCACCUGCGGGUCUCACCUCUCAGUUGUUUCUUUAUUUUAUGGGACAAGUGUGGGGGUCUACUUCACUUCUGCAGUCACUCACUCCUCCCAGAAAGUCUCAGUGGCCUCAGUGAUGUACACCGUUGUCACCCCCAUGCUGAAUCCCUUCGUCUACAGUCUAAGGAACACGGAUGUGAAGGGGGCCCUUAGAAGACUCUUCAGCCAAGCAACCUCCUGCCUGCGAUAG